GUGAUUCAUAAUAGUGUCUGCACCAUCUUGUCCCUCAGGGGAGACUUGGCAGGCCAGAGGCAAUACUUACUCUUUCAUUUCGUUUGCAUUUGCUACAUUUACGGAUCUAUAUCCUUUCCAGUAUUAGUAAACAACAGAGACAGUGGAACACUUAAAAAAAGGAUGGUAAUGGGGACAUAUUUGGAAUAAACAAAUGUCCAAAUAGUAAAACGCUAUACCACUGACACAUUUGAACAAUUUUUUAACUAUGGAGCCCAAUCAAACUUGAGAACACGACACCUCCAACUAAAGAGGCUCAUCAAAGAAUUUGAGAAGAACUUCAGUGAUGGGUCAGCGACUGAGUGAAGAGAGUGACUCAGACCAGGAAAUUGAUGUGGCAGAGCUGCAGGAGUGGUAUAAGAAGUUUGUGGUCGAGUGCCCAAGUGGAACGCUUUUCAUGCACGAGUUUAAGAGCUUCUUUGGCGUUACUCACAACAAGGAGGCGGCAGACUAUAUUGAGAAUAUGUUCCGCGCCUUUGACAAGAACGGAGACAACACAAUUGAUUUUCUAGAAUAUGUUGCAGCUCUAAACCUGGUCUUGAGGGGCAAGUUGGAACAUAAGCUGAAAUGGACUUUUAAAAUGUAUGACAAAGAUGGAAGUGGAUGCAUUGACAAGACAGAGUUGCUGGAGAUUGUAGAGUCUAUCUACAGACUGAAGAAAGCCUGUCAUGGAGAACUAGAUGCUGAGUGUAACCUUCUGACACCAGAUCAGGUUGUCGACAGAAUAUUUGAACUGGUGGAUGAAAAUGGGGAUGGGGAGCUGUCUUUGGAUGAGUUCAUUGAUGGGGCCAGGAGGGACAAGUGGGUGAUGAAGAUGCUGCAGAUGGAUGUCAACCCUGGGGAUUGGAUCAAUGAACAGCGACGUAAGAGCUCUGGAUCGAGCUCUGGAGCUGGACCUCUGCAAUAGGUUUCUGGAUGUUUCUCAAUCAACUUCAGUGCAUCACAACCUCGGUGCCCAGGUGCUUGCUGAUACUACCACCAUGCACACAUGGACCACGGACUCGUGUCCAGAGGUAGCAACUGCUGCACUCAUACCUAGGCCCGGGACCCAGGCAUAAUCAACCGUGGUUAAGCGGUUACCAGGCUGCUAAAAAUGAAUAAAAAUGAUUAAAAGGACCUCAUUCGGGACCUAGUAUUGAAAAUAGAGAGAGUAAACGACGGCAUUUUCAAUCAGUUUUUCACCUUACAUCAGUGACUGACAGUCACUUUAUUAGCCAUGUAAGCUAAGAUGUUUUCAUUUUGUUUUGUCCAGCACUUAUAGGGCGUGUGGCCAUAAGCCCUGACCUAUAUUUUUUUAUGUUGUAUUUUGUGAUUGUCACUCAGCCAUCAUUACAUGGCAUGGUUCGUGACAACAUCAAUAGAAUGGCUGGAAAUCUGUUCUAAAACUGCAAUUUUCAAAAUCUCGCUUAGGACUCCCUGAGGCUAUAAGAUUGGCCUUGCUAAUACCAUGAUUCUCCCUCUGUCAAUGUAGCCUUUACACCAUACCAACUUGUUGCUUGUCUUAUAUAUUUUGUAGUUUUUUCUUUUAAUAUCACUAAUCUGUACAUACCGUGUUUUUGUAGACACAGUUCGCUGAGUGUUCCACUGCAUUUCAAAGGAAGGUUACAAUGAGUGGAACCAGUGUUUUUUCCUCUCAUUAAGACAACAUGAAGAGGAAGAUUGUAAAGUUAAAUUUGCUUUUAUGUUUUGUUAGUGAAAAUAUAAUCUUACUUUUUCCAUUUUAAAAUAACUGCCCAGUGGAAUUGUCACCUUUAAGACAUUCUGUUAACUCAUGCCCAAGUAAUGUUGUACUACUGUACUAUUCUUACACAUAUAUUUAUUAUCAUAUGACACAACAACAAAAAAUUGAGAAAGAGAUAUUUUGUAGAAAUCAGGAAACACUGGGCUUUAACAACAUUUGAAAUAAAAAAAAUUUUAAUAGAAAAACUUCAUCUAUCACACCAUGUACAACAUUAACAACUUACUAAUUCUUUAUUUCAUGUCAACUCCGUCAGACACUGAAGUGUUUAAAGGCCUUGAUAGUUUAUUUAUUUUCUAGAUUAGGAACAAAACAUCUAUAAAGCCAACAUUAACCCUCAGAUUUUGCACAGUUAAACCAUCAGGAGAUAAGAAAUGUUACAAAACAGUAAUUGAAAUGUUUUGUUUUCUUUAGAAUAUAGACAACCACAUUGAUAAUGUAGAUCUUAAGGUGGUUAACCAUGAGUUGACAAGCCAAAAAAAUAUUAAAAUCAGAUAUAUUAUUGACUCAA